AUGGCGGGCAACAUUAAGAAGUUCUACGACCUUUCUGCAAAACUCUUGACGGGGGAACCCUUCAAAUGUUCCUCUCUGAAAGGGAAAGUUGUUCUCAUUGAGAAUGUUGCGUCCCUUUGAGGAACAACCGUCAGGGACUACACUCAGAUGAACGACCUCCAUUCGCGGUACUCCGCCGAGGGGCUCGUUAUUCUGGGGGUUCCCUGCAAUCAGUUCGGGCAUCAGGAGAAUGCCAACAACGACGAGAUCCUGAAUUGCCUGAAGUAUGUCCGGCCAGGCCAGGGCUUUGAACCCAAAAUCACCCUCUUGGAGAAAAGCGAUGUCAACGGUCAGGAGGCCCAUCCUCUCUUCACAUUCCUCAGGGAGCGGCUCCCAUUCCCUCACGACGACGCCACCUCGCUCAUGGCCGACCCCAAGUACAUCAUCUGGAGUCCCGUGUCUCGCACCGACGUGUCCUGGAACUUCGAGAAGUUCCUGGUGGGUCGUGACGGACAGCCCUUUAAGCGCUACAGUCGUCGGUUCCUCACCAAAGACCUGGAGGCCGACAUCAAGGAGCUCCUCAGCCGGGGGAAGUAAUCCACGCCCUCCCAGAUGACAAAGGGGUGGUGAGGGGCAGAUAGGGAAACCAGACCCCUGGAGAAGGUGAUAGGGCCCAGUGUCUGUUGCUCUAGUGUCCUUGAUUAACCUCCGUCCCCACCCCUCCCUGCAGUCUAUCUAUCCCUCCCCGAGAUGUCUUGUCUUAGCAGCAUGCCUGCACUCCACACAGAUGGGAACUACCGCAGAGGGAGCAAGUUUACUGAAUGAUGGCACCCCUUGAAAUCAUUGUGAGAGGCGUGCUUGAUGUAUUUGACUUGUAACGGCCUCCUUUCUGCUACAGUGUCUUGUUUAUGUGGAGUUGGUUGCAUAACACUUUUCACCAAUAAACGUGAGUGCUUCACAUGAAGUAUUGUGUAUAAAAAAAAUAA